UCGCGCGGCCCCGCCCCCGCCAGUUCGCGUCUCUCUGCUGCCGCGCGGGGACCGCUGUGCUCUCGGUAGGCGGCUGGGCUGGGUGGGCUCCGCACUUCCUUCCCGCUCCGUGCCGCGUGUCCCGGCAUCCUUGGGCCCACUCCGGACGGGGUUUGCGUCCUGGACCCGCUUGUCGGCUGCUACGUGUCCCGCCCUGCCCGUCGCGGGCGGCCUCGCGGCUGUCCCGCUGCAGGUUGGCCACGGCGGCGGGAGCCCCCUCGACCCGGACAAAGAAACGAGCGCUCGGCCCCUCCUCCUGUAGAGAGUGGUGCUGCUGUCUCGGGAUGUACCUGCAGGUGGAGACCCGCACCAGCUCCCGCCUCCAUCUGAAGAGGGCUCCAGGCAUCCGGUCCUGGUCCCUGCUGGUUGGAAUCUUGUCGAUUGGCCUGGCUGCUGCCUACUACAGUGGAGAUAGCCUGGGCUGGAAGCUCUUCUACGUCACAGGCUGCCUGUUUGUGGCCGUGCAGAACCUGGAGGACUGGGAGGAAGCCAUCUUUGACAAGAGCACAGGGAAGGUUGUUUUGAAGACGUUCAGCCUCUACAAGAAGCUGCUGACUCUUUUCAGAGCAGGCCACGACCAGGUGGUGGUCCUGCUGCACGAUGUCCGCGACGUAAGCGUGGAGGAGGAGAAGGUCCGGUACUUCGGGAAGGGCUACAUGGUGGUGCUCCGGCUGGCGACGGGCUUCUCCCACCCCCUCACGCAGAGUGCAGUCAUGGGCCACCGCAGUGAUGUGGAAGCCAUCGCCAAGCUCAUCACCAGCUUCCUGGAGCUGCACUGCCUUGAAAGCCCCACAGAGCUGUCUCAGAGCAGUGACAGUGAGGCCGGCGACCCUGGGAGCCAGAGCUGACAGCCCCGGUAUGCCUGAGCCUGUGCACCACCCACAGGACCCGUGGCACAUUCCUGGUGUGCCUGAGCCCGUGCACAGCCCACAGAACCCCGUGGCCUUGGCUUCAGUCGGUGCCUGCAGCCGAGUCGGCCUCUUGCCUGCUCACGCUGCUGCUUUCACACUGCACGAAACAGCAGGCCGGACCAGGACACCCAGACUUUCUCCAUCGUGAGGCCUGGGCCUGCCUUCCUGCAGCCGGAGGUCUCGCCAGCCCUGGACUCCUGCUGGGGGCACAGCCAGACCUCGGGCGAGUGGAGAGGCCGGGCCCCUGUGGGUGCUGAUGCUGCGUGUUGUCCCCGACACAGUGUCCUCUCCCUGGGUGGACAUCCCAGCGGUCAGGUGCUUCCCCAAGGGCAGCGAGGGGCAAACAUCCGGGGCCUACCUGGCUGUGCACGCUGAAGCCACACUGUGGAAGCUGCCCCUCCCCAAGGACCCACCUCCCUUGAUGAUGCCAGGAUCUCGGCACAUAGACCGCUCUGCCCCUGUGGUCGUCACAGAAGGGUCUCUCUGUUUCUCACCCUCAGCCUCAGCAGAAGCUGCGAGGCCAGAAAAAAGGUCAGGUCUUCUAGUAUUGUGCAGUGCUUAAAAACCGGGAGCUCCGGCCGGGCGCAAUGGUUCAUGCCAGUAAUCCCAGCACUUUGGGAGGUGGGGAGGCCAAGGCGGGAGGAUUGCUUGAGGCCAGAAGUCCAAGACCAGCCUGGGCAACACAGCAAGAUCCUGUCUUUGCAAAAAAACUUAACAAGAAAAAUUAGGAGAUUUUCUGCAGAAAUUGAGUUCCAGCCUCUCUCCCCCACCUCAUAGGAGCUGAAUGCCAACCAUCCUGACCCGCUGGGGCUCUUGGUCUCCCGAGUGCACCCACGUCCUCCCAGGUGCAGUGUGCACCGAGAGCGCCUGGCCUGAUGCCCCGGCCUGUGAACCGGGGACUCCUGGGUCCUGUGAGCCCCGAGGCGGCAGGCCCAGGAAUGGCUGGGUAGGACCGGGAACGCCUUUGCCCCAGGUCUGGCUGUGGCCUCGGUGAAAGCCGACGAGAGAGGUGGGACCCUCCUCCUCAGUAGUGGCUGCCAGCCCCUCUCUGCAGGACAUGGUCAUAAUAACCAUAAAUAACCCUUCGCAUGUCA